GUGACAAACGGGAGCGCCAAGUAGUCAGGGACAGUCGACAGUCAGGCAGGCAGGCGAAGCCGGACGGCCGGUCGCGCGAGACGGUCUUUCUCCACUUUCGUACGUUUACGGUCCUUCGAUCGUCGAAUGAGCGAUGCGUUAUUGCGCAUUUCAGCGUAAUGCACUCGUUCCAGCCUGAUUGCCGAGUCAAUCACCUAUCUCGUAUGAUAAUGAAUUGCGGACACAUUCGUGGAAUAGAAAUGGCGAAGAAACACUUCUUUUUACGUUCAGAAUCCGAUCAUACGAUAAUAAUAUAUCCAUUUGACAUGUUAACAUGUUUGAAAUGAUGAUUAUGAAUAUCCUUUCAAAAUCGAUAUGUACAUCUCAUUUGACAGUUCCCGCGGAAUCUUUCGUAUAUACUGGGAGAAUAUUUGGAGGUAUAUAUAUUCCAUGCAUUUUUCCACAAUUCCAAGAAUAAUCCACCGUAUUGCAGAAGAUCGCAUCGCGUAUAUGCGCCGGUAAAUAUUGUUUACCGAUAGAAAAGUGUCCGAAUCGCGUAAACGCUUCGGUGACAGCAAACGAAAAGAGUGGAGAUGUUGAGGAGCCGGCUUAUUUCCUGAGCCAGAAUAGCGAAUAGUAUCAGAAAUCGAUGACGGCUCAACCUGCCGUGUAUCUGCGCAAUAACACGUUAAAGCUACACGGAGGAUGAAGUGCAGGACGAAAUGAAGUCGAUUUGGAGGGAUACACGUCUUUGUGUCAACGUCGCGCUAACCAUCGGCCUCGCCCUGGUCAAUCGAUCAAUCACCGGCGUGAUACCGCUGGACAGCGGCGCUCACCACGAUCAUCAUCGCGUCUCGGUGGCGAGUUCGUACAUGCACUUCCACGGGCCGGUGCAGGGCCCGGAAUACGAGAUAAAAGUGCCCCACGUCGUCGUCGACGAGCACCACUUUGGCGAGCACAAUUAUUUACACGGCCUGGACCAUCAGCAGGAACAUCACCAUCACGAUGGUACCUACACGGUUGAUUACGUGGCGCAUCCCAAGUACGAGUUCUCGUACGGCGUCGAGGAUCAUCACACCGGCGACUUUCACGGCCAGAAGGAGUCCAGGGACGGAGGCAGCGUAACUGGAGAAUAUAGCGUAAAAGAUCCAGGUGGCACUUUUCGGGUCGUCAGCUAUCAUGCGGACAAGGAGGGAUUUCACGCUGUAGUGCACACCACCGGGAAAAACGAUCAUUCAGGCGGGGUGUAUGGUGGUCAAGGACACGAUACGGAGACCCAAGGUCUACCCCUUCAUGAAUACGCCGCUGCGUUAUCCGCACACGCGGGAUACUGACAAGAGUGACGUGACAUCAGCGAUGGCAAUCAUGACCGAUCGCUCUUUUGUACCUGGUAUAAUUAAAUUCUUCUUCCUAGAUCGUCAAUAUUGAUGCGUGUCCGUUUUGUAUACCAAAGGCAACAACAUGCUAUCCGUUCGAUAUUACAUACAAACGCGGAAAUAACGUAUUCCAUACACCGUUGUAAAUAUUCUUUUUCCCCUACGAUACAAGCUCAACAGAAGAUACGUAUAUAACUGUUUGCUGGUAUUAUGAAGUUGAAUAUAUUGAAAAGUUAUUGAUAAAAUGUGGUAAAGUUGCUGUACAUAAAUAAGGAUUUAUGUAAAGUUAAUAGAGGUUUGUUUUUUUUUUUUUUGAUUUGUGGUUAAUUUAGCGUUCGCUUAAUAUAGUAAUCGAGAAAUAGUGACCAGAAAUAUUUUUCAUUGUAUACAUCUCUCUAACUCUUUUUAUAUUUAUCGGAAACCAGUAACACUUUAAUCGAGCAUUCGCAUUUAUUUGAAAACUCUUGUUAAAAUGUCGGUAUAUAAAAAAUUUAGUAUAUAGGUCAUCCAUAAAUUAUAUACUUACUCAAUAUACGAGAAUUCCUACACUUUAUAAUUGCUUCAUGAUUGAAGUUUUGGUUUAAAAACCAAUAUAAUAUAUA